AUGUCAGAAUCAGAACCUCCCCGCCGCAGACCGCCGCCGGCAUUGCACAAACAGAAUUCAUGGUCACCAGAUACUGUACGAGAAGAGGCGUGGACCAAUCGGAAGAAAAAUUAUCGGAUGAAGCGUGGUAAAUUCAGUGUCACAGACGAUGAUUUGGAAGAGCUCCGGGCGUGCUUUGAGCUGGGGUUCAACUUCGAUUCGCCUGAUUUGGAUCCAAAAUUGUCAUCUGCUUUUCCAGCGUUAGGGUUUUACCAUGCUGUGAAUCAGCAGUACAGUAAUAGCUUUUCUCGAUCUUCGUCUUCUCUUUCUAAUUGUGAUUCUGUGUCCUCUGUCGGAAGCCCUAGCUCCAUUUUCGAUCCAGAUGAUGAUCCGGCUAUAGUGAAGACGAGAUUGAAACACUGGGCACGAAUUGUAGCCUGUUCGGUUCGCCAAUCUUCACCAAACUAA